AUGGAGUCUUUUGCGAGUCUCUUGUACGAGACUAUUGCACAAAAUAAGCUAUCUGGCUCGCGUGUCGCGCGCGUGACGGACAGUGCCACACAAGCCUUGUCUGACCCUGAAAUGCUGGCCAAGACCAUGCUGAAAGCGCACUUGCGUGCUUCCCCUGCUAACAAGCUAGUGUCCUUGUACUUAUUUGAUGCUGUGGCGCGUCAUGCACAGGAAAUCGCACGUCGUCAAGGCGCCGGGUUUGACUCUGACGACUCGCCGCAGACGCUAGCGGCGAAUGCCUCUUCUUUUCUACGUGCACUGCACGAGCCCGCGGCACAAGUCGGUGUGGACUGUAUGCAACAUGUACCUCCAGAGCAGCGCCCACAGGACAAAGUACGCAAAGUGAUCGAUAUUUGGGGUCGUGCUGGCACGUUCCAUGCGAAAAUUCUGCAGCGCAUUCAGGAAGAGGGAUCCAGCACGUCGUCGGCUUCGUCGGCCUCCGCUCCGCCCCCUGGCCCGGCUCCUCGGCGGCCUCCGCCCCGGACGACAGCAGCGCCGACACAGCCUGCGUCGGCCGGCUUGCCUGCGAGUGUGCUGGCGCUUCUGAGUCCCCCGGGCGCUGGCUCGACCGCUUCGAUGCCGUCCAUGACUGCUGCGCCGAGCGCCCCCGAUGUGCCUGCGUCGGUAAGUGCAAUGCUGAGCCCCCCACCCACGAGUGGCAGCGGUGCCUCGUCGAUGCCGUACUCGGCGGCGCCAGCUCCCUCGACCACAGCGCGUGCCCCAUCCACGGAGCCUGCGCCGAUCAAAGAAGAUUUGAGCGCGUUUGACCAGGCGAGUUUUGAUCCGACCAACUCGGCCCACUGGGAGCGCCUUUCGCAGCUCUGGAAGAAUACAUACCAAUACGAGCCAACAGGCCCGGAGCUUAUGAUGGCGCUAAUGUCUGGCAUGCUAUCGAAAGAGCAAGAUCCACGAUGGGGUGGGAUGAACGGUAUGCCGCCCAUGAUGCCAGGCAUGCCUGGCAUGCCACCUAUGCCGCCUAUGCCGCCUAUGCCAGGGAUGCCGGAUUUGGCGUCUAUGAUGAGCCCACGGCCGUCGUAA